AAGCAGUCAUGCGGUAAAUUUUCAUUUGAACAGCCUAUAAUCGAUCUUUCAAGGAUUGCCGCUUAUCACGUGUGACGAAUUCGCAACGGCGCCAUUGAAUCGCGCAGCUAACGAACAACAGGUCUAAUGAACUUCGAAUGAUCCUGAAGGUAAUUUUCUCAACAGCGUUGUAACGAAUGAAUGAUAAGCGGAUUGCACACGGUAUAUGAAUCAGGCAGUAAGUCUGGAUCGGGAACAAAGUGCUGCGGACCCACGACCAUCAUGAAGCUCAAUACUUUAUCCGCUACUCUGACGUGUGCCCUGUUACUUCUUGUCCAUGGAAGCUCAAGGUCAGCCGUGCUCGCAUCGUCUUACGGUACCAACGAUUCUGGCAGGCGCAUCAUAGACGCAGAGUUAGCCAAUCCCUUAGAUUAUAAAUUUUUCGUGAAAAUCAACGCGGACGGAAUACUCUGCGGGGGCAGCAUACUAAGCGGCUUCUGGCUCGUCACUGCGAGUCACUGUAUAUACAGGACUAAAUGCCAGACGAUAGAAAUAUACCCUUCGACUUGGUCGCGUGAUCAGCCAGAGAGGUUAUACGCUGCCGAGUGCGUGACCCACCCCCAGUACGACCCGAGACGGCACGCCUUCGACAUCGCUCUAAUAAAAACUGUCGGCGGCAUGUUCAGCCGUGGACUUGAAGCGGUCAACAUUCUGUCACCAUACAGCCGAUACGGUCCUCCUACGUCAGUCACCACCUUGGGCUGGGGAAAGGUAGAAAACAACGCAUGUCCCUUAGCCCUUUUACGCGGAGUUACGCGUCUUGCACCCUGGGAGGCGUGCAAUUCCCAGUACAAGGCUGCUUCGAAACGUUGCCAAGGUAACUCGAACUGUAGCAUUGAAAAUAUACCGAACCGAAUAUUGUGCGCCCGGAGCGCAAGGCCACUUCCGCAUAGUGGUUGUGGCGGGGAUUCUGGAGGACCUUUGAUGAUUUACAGGGAACUGGCAGGGAUAAACAUUGGUGCAAUAUACGCCAAAGGCCCCAAGACGUAUCAGGGAUGUGUACCAGUGAGUUUGACGAUGCACACCCGUAUCUCCGACUAUCUACCAUGGCUAUUUUCUGUGAUUGAGCCUCAUAGGAAUACAACAGAGUUUAAAGUAGGAGUAGGUCCAGAAUCCAGCGACACUAUUCUCGUCGAAGGUUGAGGUAUAUUCCUGGUCCAAUCGUCAAGUCGGCACCGAGUGUCGGGAAACCAAGUGAAAAUCUGACUAGUAGAUGGCUUUUAAAAUUUUCCACAAUUAUGCACGAUGAACGGUGUACUUUGGUCAAUCAAAUAAAUAUAUGGAAAAUUCCGA